GCCAUCGGACGUCCACUAUUGCAAUCACUGUAGGACAGAAAAAGAAUACUUCAGACAGUAUGCCACCACCGGACUCGGACCCCGCGGCCGCCUGCCCUGUCGACCACAAAACGCGCGAAGCCUGGCUAAAGCAUGCUCAAAAGGCGCAACCCACAGCCAAUGCCGCCGCAGCAUCAGCGCCAGCAGCACCUUCACCCCUCCAAGCCGAGGGUUGCCAUUCCUCAAACAUAGACCAGAGCCCCUCAAUCCCCCCCAGAAUCCCCUCCUCCUCCCGGUCAGGCCUCAGCACCGACCGCGAAGUCUCCACAAUACCGCGCGCACUAGACCACAUCCCGAGCAACGCGCCGCCAAACAAUGAACAAGACACAGGCGCGGAUAAGAAAACGGGGAACUGGAUCUAUCCGUCCGAGGAGAUGUUCUUCAAUGCCAUGAAGCGGAAGAGUUAUAAUCCCAAUGAGAGGGACAUGCAGACAAUUGUGCCGAUACACAAUGCGGUGAAUGAGCGGGCGUGGAAGGAGAUCAAGGAGUGGGAGAAGGGGAGGGGGGCCGAAGCUUGCGGCGGCCCUCGGUUAGCGUCGUUUUCGGGUCUUGCGACGUCGCUCACACCUCGCGCAAGGUGGAAUACCCUUCUGGGCUACCAGCCACCAUUCGAUCGGCACGACUGGGUCGUGGAUCGCUGCGGUAAGAAGGUCGAAUAUGUCAUUGACUUUUACGCAGGGAAGGAUGAAAAGAAGGCGGGCAAGGAGUUGAGCUUCUACCUUGAUGUGCGGCCCAAGCUGAAUAGUUGGGAGGGCAUCAAGACGAGGAUAUUACGAUUCGUGGGACUAUGAGGCCACGAUUAAUGUUUGUAAAAGAGAGUGUAAGAGUAUGUCCUGUUGUAAAGGUAUAAUAUGAACAAUUAGGCUCAGCUACCGCUAUGCAAACCAGACACCGCGGUCCAGAACCCGAGGAUAUCAGGCCUAAAUCAGUGCCAACUCCAGUGCAACGCCCAUAACAUCUAAGACAAUGCAGACCACGAUUCCGAUCGAACAGAAAAACUGAGAACUAGUCCAAGACAACCGCCAGGAUGAUGAUGGUCAAGACGAUAGUCAGUAUAAUCAACAGAAUGCAGGCCUUGCUGCGAGCAUUCUUCUGGUAUCUGUUCGCCUGUACAAGGUUCU